CGAAAAACCAGAACUCUCACGUGACUUGGUGCGGUACCGUACCCUGCGUGCUAGUGCCACAAACAACAACCCGUGGAGAUUGAAGUCGAAACGCAAAAGUUUGUGCUGCCCAAACAGCGAGAAUUAACCGAUUCGGUCGACAAUGGUCUCGUUCCUGGUUCGGCCCCUGGCGGCAGCCACCAUCCUUGUUGCAUCUGCCUCUACGACCGUCGUCGAAGGUCUCCUGGCCGUGCCCCCAACACCGAAAGCUUCCCCUGUUGCUACUGCCACUAGCACCGCACUCUUCUACAAGAACGCCACGGCACCAAACCCCGAUGCCCCCGGCGCCGCGGACGCCGAGAACGCGGCCGCUUUUGCACUGGCCGGCGACGAGCCGCAAAACCAAAACGCCGCGACGACCGCUGCAGCGCCGGAAUCUGCCGGCCUUCCCGGCCUCGAGGAAAACGAUCGCUUCGAMUGCCAUCCCUCCGUGGCCAUGUGGAGGGACUUUCAGAACCCAAAGCACGGCGCCGGCAACGGGACCUACGACGCCCGGCACAACGUGCAAGAAAUCGGCCGCAUCGCCAACAGGUUCUGGAACGAGGCGAGGCCGAGCGGCCCGGGGCUGUUCCCCUUUUCACCGUCCCCCCAGGCGUCGUAUUUCGCCAGCCACGUCGCCCGGACGGCCUUCUUCGUCGCCAACGCGAUCCUGGGGACCUCGGCCCACCGGCUGUCGAAGCGCGGAAGGGGCACCGKUKGGGGAGACACCGGGAGCCAGGGAUCGUUCCUGCCCAUGGGCAUCGGCAACGACCUGGCGACCCGCCUGAUCCUCGAGGCCUUUCUGUGCUACGAGCAGGACUAUUUCGAUUCGAUCGCCAARGGGGCCUACAGGGAACCCUGGGACACCAGGACGCCUGRGCACCGCCAGACGAACCCGCUCUUUGUCGCGGACCAAAUGAAUCGGUUCGYCCGGGAGUCCAUCGGSACGCUGGGGCGUCGGUCUCGGGGGACCGAUCGAGACAAGGAGGUGAGGUUCUUCCAGAACGGCGGCUCUUCCAAGGAAGGAGGAACCGCCACGAGCAACAUCUAUCCCGAGUAUUACCAAACCGCGUUUCAUUACCAGGGAGACGGUGAGUAUAUUUCUACGAACGAUGCAGUGUUCGGUGUUGUGUGUUUUGUGUUGUGCAAUGCGAUGCGAUGCAGUGUAGUGUAGUGUAGUGUAGUGUGUGCCGAUUCCGUGCAAAGAGAUAUUGGCCUAAUCUUCGCACCCGUGCAUCGGCUUCCCCCUGUUUUCGUUUGUUUCGCGCAACCGCUCGCUCGAACCCCCGCACAGGAUGGAUGUCGUCGGACUCGGCCAGCGUCUACGAGACCUCGACCGAGACCCUCUUUCUGGGGCGGCAGGACUCGAUGCAGCGCACGAGCCUGCCCCCGUUGGUGGAGCUGUCGAAGCGGCUCCCCCCGGCCGGUGCGGGGGCUUCCGGGGGGCCCCUGCGGGUCCUGGAGGUGGCCUGCGGAACGGGCCGCUUCCUGACUUUUGUGCGGGACAACCUGCCYCUGGACACGGAGUGCACCGGGGUGGAUCUCUCCCCCUUUUACCUGCAAAAGGCCGCGGACAACGACGACUACUGGGUCCGGACCCGAAGGGCCGAGGAAGACCAGAAGCAGCGGCGCUCGUCCGGGAGCGGGGCUAUGAUCCAGCCCUCCACCCUGGUCCAGGCCAGGGCGGAGGACCUCCCCUUCCCCGACGGCUCCUUCGACGCGGUGGUCUGCGUCUACCUCUUCCACGAGCUGCCCCGGGAGGUCCGAGCCGCCGCCGCCGCCGAGAUGGCCCGGGUGGUCGCCCCCGGGGGGACCGUCGUCUUUACCGACUCGAUCCAGAAGGGCGACCGGCCGGCCCUGGACGGGGCGCUGGGGAACUUCCAGGAGAUGAACGAGCCCCACUACAAGGACUACAUCGAGGACGACCUGGGGGGCCACUUCGAGGCCGCGGGGCUGGUGCCGGAGACCAAGGUGGUCCGGUCCAGCACCAAGUCGCUCUCCUUUUCCAAGCCCGGGGCCUUUCGGGCGGCGCUCUGAGGGGGCGGCGCGGCGCGGCACAGGCGGGUCCGGUGGACGGAAACGAUCGAUCGAUCGAUCGAUGGAUGGAUGGAUGGAUUUGGUACUACGGUACAGUGUGUUCUUUUUGGAAUUGUUGCAAGAGAAAGAACAAUUUUUUUAAAUCUUGAGUUAUAGUCAACCUC